AUGCAAGUGGAUAGAUCUCAACGCUCAGUAUUUGUGGGAAACAUCUCAUAUGAAGUGCCCGAGGAGACAAUACGUCAGAUUUUUUCAAAGGUGGGACAUGUCGUCCAUAUCAAAAUGGUCCAUGACCGUGAAACUGGCAAGCCUAAGGGUUAUGGGUUCAUCGAAUUUCUUGACGUACAGACUGCUGAACUGGCCAUCAGGAAUUUGAAUGGAUAUGAGGUGAACGGUCGCCAGCUCCGAGUGGACAGUGCUGCAGGAGGAGAUCGUAGUGUUGACGAGAUACAACAGCUACAAGCAGCUUUGAGCGCAGCUCAGGUGGAGGAAAGCCCUUAUGGGCCAGAGCCUGAAGAAGGGCCGUGCCCCCGAGUGCGCUGA